AUGGCUUCAGAAGUACUCAGAAAAGAAGAAACCCUGACAAUGAGGAGGCGAUUAAUCGGGCAAUCGUGCAGACUUUUUUAUUCAGACGAUCCUGUCAAAAUUGUUAGGGCAAGAGGGCAAUAUCUUUAUGAUGAGAACGACAAGCGCUACCUGGACUGCAUUAGUAACGUUCAUCAUGUGGGCCAUUGCCAUCCCAGUGUCACUAAAGCUGCAGCAGAACAAAUGGACCUUCUGAACACCAACACCAGAUUCCUGCACGACAAUAUAGUCUUAUACGCCGAUCGCUUGGCUGCCACUUUGCCUGAGAGACUGUCCGUCUUUUAUUUUGUCAACUCUGGAUCUGAGGCCAAUGAUCUUGCACUACGUUUGGCUCAUCAGUACACACAACACGAAGAUGUCAUUGUACUCAACCAUGCGUACCACGGUCACCUAGUGUCUCUCAUUGACAUCAGUCCAUACAAGUUCCGGAAACUGACAGGACAAAAAGAAUGGGUUCAUGUGGCACCCUUACCAGACACCUACAGAGGCAAGUACAAAGAGGAUGUACUGAACGCAGGCCAACUUUACGCUGAUACAGUCAAGGACUUAAUAGAGGAAGUGCACAACAAAGGUCGCAAGAUUUCUGCCUUUUUUGCCGAAUCGAUGCCAAGUGUGGGAGGACAAAUUAUUCUGCCGCCGGGAUACUCGGCUAAAGUUGCUGAGUAUGUGCACUCUGCAGGCGGGGUGUUCGUGGCAGACGAGGUGCAGACAGGGUUUGGACGCGUGGGGAGUCAUUAUUGGGCUUUUCAGCUGCAAGCAGAUUUUUGCCCUGACAUAGUUACAAUGGGCAAGCCGAUGGGGAACGGGCACCCCAUUGCAUGUGUGGCAACUACAUCAGAGAUUGCUAGAGCUUUCACGGACAACGGAGUGGAGUACUUCAAUACGUUUGGAGGGAACCCUGUUUCUUGCGCAAUUGGUCUAGCCGUCCUCGAUGUGAUAGAGAAAGAAGACCUGAGAGGAAAUGCCGAAAGAGUUGGCGCACAUCUCAAAGAUUUGUUUACGAAGCUGCAAAGUCGACAUAAAAUUAUUGGAGACGUUAGAGGCGCCGGCCUUUUUGUUGGAGUUGAGCUGGUAGAAGACAGAGAACGAAGGACACCUGCCACUACAGCAGCAGCGCAAGUGGUGAAAAGGCUCAAAGUGGAAGAUCGAAUCUGUGUCAGUACAGACGGACCCUGGGAAAGCGUCUUAAAGUUUAAACCGCCCAUGUGCUUCAAUAUGGAAGAUGCAGAGCUGGUGGUGAGGUGCAUCGACCGCAUCCUCACGGAUAUGGAAGCCAACGCGAAGCUAGGAAAGGAAGACAUCUAG